AGAGCCCCGGUCCGCGCGGCCCGAGUGCCACAUCACUGCGCCGGCCGUCCAAGGCCCGCCGCCCCACCAUGCCGCCCCCACCGCCGCUGCUGCUACUCCUCACAGUCCUGGUCGUCGCCGCUGCCCGGCCGGGGUGCGAGUUUGAGCGGAACCCCGCCGGUGAAUGCCACAGGCCGCCAGCUGCAGACAGCGCCACCUGCGUGGACCUGCAGCUCGGGACCUGCAGCGAUGCCGCCUACAACCGCACCACCUUCCCCAACCUGCUUCAGCACCGGUCGUGGGAGGUGGUGGAGGCCAGCUCCGAGUACAUCCUGCUGAGCGUCCUACACCAGCUCCUGGAGGGCCAGUGCAACCCGGACCUGCGGCUGCUGGGCUGUGCUGUGCUGGCCCCCCGGUGCGAGGGUGGCUGGGUGCGCAGACCCUGCCGGCACAUCUGCGAGGGCCUGCGGGAGGCCUGCCAGCCCGCCUUCGAUGCCAUUGACAUGGCCUGGCCCUACUUCCUCGACUGCCACCGCUACUUCACGAGAGAGGACGAGGGCUGCUACGACCCGCUGGAGAAGCUUCGGGGAGGCCUGGAGGCUGACGAGGCACUGCCCUCAGGGCUGCCGCCCACCUUCAUCCGCUUCAGCCACCACUCCUACGCCCAGAUGGUGCGUGUGCUCCGGCGGACGGCCUCCCGCUGCGCCCACGUGGCCAGGACCUACAGCAUCGGGCGCAGCUUCGACGGCAGGGAGCUGCUGGUCAUCGAGUUCUCUAGCCGCCCCGGCCAGCACGAGCUGAUGGAGCCCGAGGUGAAGCUCAUUGGCAACAUUCACGGCAACGAGGUGGCGGGCCGGGAGAUGCUCAUCUAUCUAGCCCAGUACCUGUGCUCUGAGUACCUGCUGGGUAACCCCCGCAUCCAGCACCUGCUCAACACCACCCGCAUCCACCUGCUGCCCUCCAUGAACCCUGACGGCUAUGAAGUGGCAGCUGCUGAGGGAGCCGGCUACAACGGGUGGACGAGCGGGAGGCAGAAUGCACAGAACCUGGAUCUGAACCGAAAUUUCCCGGACCUGACGUCCGAGUACUACAGGCUGGCGGAAACCCGCGGCGCGCGCAGCGACCACAUCCCCAUCCCCCAGCACUACUGGUGGGGUAAGGUGGCCCCGGAGACGAAGGCAAUCAUGAAGUGGAUGCAGACCAUACCCUUUGUGCUCUCGGCCAGCCUUCAUGGGGGCGACCUGGUGGUGUCUUACCCCUUCGACUUCUCCAAGCACCCCCAGGAGGAGAAGAUGUUUUCUCCCACGCCCGAUGAGAAGAUGUUCAAGCUGCUGUCCAGAGCCUACGCCGACGUCCACCCCAUGAUGAUGGACAGGUCGGAGAAUAGGUGUGGAGGCAAUUUCCUGAAGAGGGGAAGCAUCAUCAACGGGGCGGACUGGUACAGCUUCACGGGAGGCAUGUCUGACUUCAACUACCUGCACACCAACUGCUUUGAGAUCACGGUAGAGCUGGGCUGUGUGAAGUUCCCCCCCGAGGAGGCCCUGUACACGCUCUGGCAGCACAACAAGGAGUCACUCCUGAAUUUCGUGGAGACAGUGCACCGGGGCAUCAAAGGUGUGGUGAUGGACAAAUUCGGCAAGCCAGUCAAAAACGCCCGGAUCUUAGUCAAAGGCAUUCGCCACGACAUCACCACAGCCCCAGAUGGCGACUACUGGAGACUGCUGCCCCCAGGUAUCCACAUUGUCAUUGCCCAAGCCCCUGGCUAUGCCAAGGUCAUCAAGAAAGUCAUCAUCCCUGCCCGGAUGAAGAGGGCUGGCCGUGUGGACUUCAUUCUGCAGCCUCUGGGGAUGGGACCCAAGAACUUUCUUCAUGGGCUGCAGAGGACUGGGCCCCACGACCCCCUGGGAGGUGCCAGCUCUUUGGGGGAGGCCACGGAGCCCGACCCGCUCCGGGCGCGCAGGCAGCCCUCGGCCGACGGGAGCAAGCCCUGGUGGUGGUCCUACUUCACAUCGCUGAGCACACACAGGCCACGCUGGCUGCUCAAGUACUAGCCCCGGCCCCAACACCCGCCCGGAUGUGGAGACCCAGGCCCUUCUCCGCGUCCUGGGCUCCUGGCUCUUGAUUUUGUCUGCCACAGACAUCCCACAAAGCCGCUGCCGUUUCAUUAAAGUGUUUUUAUCCACUUU